AUGAAGCUUGGAAUUACCAACACCCCUUGCACGAAGGUUUUCAAAAUAGAUAAUAAUAUCUCAAAGCAUCUUUACUACGCAUUCGCCGGCAUUGACAGUUCAACCUGGGAGAUAGAAAGUCUAUAUGCAAAUGAUGAGCAAUAUUGGGCAGAAUUUGUCGCCCUGAAGAAGAAGAAAUCAGCUCUCAAGACGUUUAUUUCAGUGGGAGGCUGGGAUUUUGGAGGAAAAGUGUUCUCUGAUCUAGCGAGCUUCCCUGGAUCCCGAAAAGAAUUUAUCAACUCUGCCAUCAGCUUCAUGGAAAAAUGGGGCUUCGACGAUGGUAAAGAUGUAGACACUGAAAAUUUCGUGACACUAUUGAAAGAGCUGAAGGCGGCAUGUGGGAGCACGUAUGGAAUUACGGCGACUCUACCUUCAUCUUACUGGUACAUGAAAGGAUUUGAUAUUGUCUUAAUGGCAGAGUACGUGGAUCACUUUAAUUUCAUGGCUUACGAUAUCCAUGGAAUAUGGGAUGUCAACCCUUAUACGAAUCUGACAGAAAUCUCUGAGGGACUGGAUCUUUUAUGGAGGAAUGACAUCGAACCCAGCAAGGUGCUUUUAGGACUUGGGUUUUAUGGUCGUUCUUCCACACUUGCUGAUUCGAGUUGUAAAACUCCAGGGUGUGCUUUCGACACAUCUGAAUAUAUGUCAGGUGGAGGUGCACCUGGCGAAUAUAUUGAAUCUAGUGGUAUUUUAUCGGACUACGAGAUAAACCGUAUUAUUGAUGAGUAUAGCCCAACCAUCGAAUAUGAUGAGAGCGCUGCAGUGAACUAG